AUGCUCGACGCGAUCGCCCACGGCCGCGCUGCCGCGGCGGCGGCGCUAGAAGAAGUUGAGGAGGCGGCGCGUGCGCGGGAGCAGCAGCAGCGGCGGCGGCGGGGCGAGCGGGACCGCCGGAGACGAGGCGGAGGGGGGGCGGGGUCCAGCGACCUGGACUCGGAGGACGUGCUGGAUCUCGUGGCAGCCGAGGAGGCGGACGAGGAUCUCGGGGAGGGAUCUGACGCGGAUUACUCGGGAUCUGAUGAGGGGAGCGAAGACGACGAGGCGGAGGACGGCAGCGACGAGGACGGCAGCUGGGCGAGCGGCGGCGAGCGUCAAGGGGUCGGGGACGAGGUGGUGUACCUGCCCCGCGGCCACGAGGCCCACCUGGAAGCUUCCAACGACAAGGCCAGCGCCCGCCCCUGGCUGGAGCUGCGCCAGAGGGCAGCGGCCGCGGGCGGCGCGCUGCGCGAGGCGGAGCCGUGCCGCGUGAUGGCCAUCAGCUACGGGAUAGACGACGGCACCACGAUCGCGUCCCUGGUGCUGCAGCUGUCCGACCCGGCCUGCCCCAUGGCCGACCGGCUAUUCCUGGCAGACGCGCCCCCGCCAGGUGUCCCGGAAUACGUCAUCCUGCGCAGCCGCUACGACGCAUCCGUCAGCCGCGCAUGGGCCGUGGGGGAGCGCGUGCAGUCAUUCAUGUCGGAGCACACCCCCGGCGCCGCCGCUGCCGCCGGCGGCGCCAGCGACGCCGAGGCCGAGGCGGAGGGCGGCCAGUGGUGGGACGCGCUGGUCGUGUCGGACGCGCGCGGCCACCUGCCGCCGCGGGAGCCGCUGGACGACCCCUACGGCUGCGGCGGCCUGUGGGAGCGCUACCGAAUAAGGUGGAUCCUCGGCGGCGGCGGCGAUGACGGGGCGCAGCAGCAGCAGCAGCAGCAGCAGCAGCAGCUUGAUUUGGAGCAGGACGUGUCCCCCUGGGAGCUCUACCCGCCAGGCACGACCACCGCGGGGGCUCUCGCGGAGGAGCCCUCGCGCCUGCCGCCCGCGGCCGCGCCGCGGCUCAUGGCGGCGGUGAAGGGCGCGCGGCGGCAGGCGCGGUGGCGCGUGUUUUCCGGGACGCCGGCGGCGGAGGACGCGUGGCCGGACGAGGCGGGGCGGCCGCGGCCGUACAAUAGGGAGGUGGCGCUGCCCCUGGGCCUGGACAUCAUGCAGGCGCGCCUGGCGCGCGGCUACUACCGCAGCCCCGAGUCCUUCAAGGCCGACGCCCAGCUCGUAGCCAUCAACGCCGCCA